AUGGAUGAAACUACCAGCGCUCUUGGCGGGAGCUGUGCUGACAAGCUCAACAACUGUCCGGAUUACGGGAAGGCAGCCUGUGGUGGCCAGUAUUCCCAAUGGGCAAAGGACAAUUGUGCAAACUUCUGCGGUUUAUGCCCGGCAAAUGGUGCAAUCACAGGAACAACCAAGGUGUGCGUCUUCAAAGGCAAAACAUACAACGAAGGCGACUCCUGGGCAGAUGGCUGUGACAAAAACUGUACCUGUGUCAGUGCUCAGAUUGGAAAAUACCUCUGUCAGUCUGUGUGCGCCACCUACAAGAAUCUUCCAGCUGGAUGCCAGAUGAUGAAGCAGCCAGGCGAGUGUUGUGCUAAACCCAACUGCCCCAACCUUAACAGUAAGUACACUUAUGUGUGUGUGUACAAGGGCCAGUCCUACCAACAGGGUCAGACUUGGGUCGACGGCUGUGACUAUCGCUGCACCUGCACAGAUGGAAAGACAGGACACUACGAGUGCAAUUCCAGAUGUGUGAGCUGGAACCUGCUGCCAAGCUGCCACUUGGACAACCCCGCCCCCGGGAAGUGCUGCCCCACCCCCAACUGUCCCGCCAAUGUCAAGAUCAACUACCCUGCUGGAUAUGUGCCAGAAUAAACUAUCAUGUCACCCAAAAUGAAUAAAAUAAA